UUCCCGUUAUUUUUUAAGGAAGAGGUAUCGAAGAUGUUUCCUUUUCCAUUUAGUGCAUUCAAUUUCCAAAAUAGUGUAAUUGUUAUUCUGAUCUUGAUGUUAAUCAUUAAGCUCUAUAUCGAAUGCACGAAGGGAGUCUGUAAAAGUACUAAACGACUUGAUGGGAAAACGAUUAUUAUCACAGGUGCCAAUACUGGUAUCGGUAAAGAAACCGCGCUUGAUCUUGCUUCUAGAGGUGGUCGUAUCAUUCUAGCCUGUCGAGAUUUGAAAAAAGCAUCUUUAACGAAAGAUGACAUUGUUCAAAAAUCGGGAAACUGCAAUGUCUUGGUCAAGAAACUUGAUUUGGCCUCCUUGGCUUCAGUCAGACAGUUUGCCAAAGAUGUAUUGGAAAAUGAGCCUAAACUUCAUCUCCUUAUUAACAAUGCUGGGUGUGGUGGAAAUAAUAAACAGUAUACACAGGAUGGACUCGAAAACCAAAUGCAAUCAAACUACUUUGGGCAUUUUUUGCUUACAAAUUUGCUACUAGGUUUAAUGAUCAAGACUGCCGAAAACGAACAAGAAAAUGUCCGCAUCAUCAAUGUCAGUUCCGACAUAAGCUACUUCUGCAGAAGUUUGAAUUUUGAAGACCUGAAUUUCGUUCAAGACCGUACGGCGGGAACGUUUUUGGCGCCUUAUAAAAUUUACGGAACAUCAAAGCUGUGCAAUAUUCUUUUCAGCAUGGAACUAGCUAACAAGCUCGAACACCAUGGAAAUGCUAUUACGGUGAAUUCCCUUCAUCCAGGCUCCGUGUACACUGAAUUUGGUCGCUUUUCCAGCAUGUUUUCGGCGAUGAUGAUAAUUGGGAUUCCCUUUUUGAAGACCCCUAAGGAAGGUGCACAGACUACCAUUUACUUAGCUGUGGCAGACGAAGUUGCAAAUGUGACUGCACAGUAUUUUCGCGAUUGUAAGAUUGCCACACCGUCAAAGCUUGCCCAAGACAGCGGAAUGGCAAAAAAAUUGUGGGAUGUAAGCGAAACGCUCGUUCAUCUUCAAUCAAAUGAGAAAUUCUUUUGAUUGUCGAUUCUUUCGUCCGUCUUAUUCAAAUAAGCGGGGGAAAUUUAAUGAUCUAUCAUAACCGCCAUAUAGCAUCUAAAUUGGUUUGGUAAUUUACUGAUAAAGAACCAAUUUAGAAUUAAGUAAGAAAAUCUCUGCUCUCUCAUAAUCCUUCCGUCCAGACAGCAAUCCAUUAGGCUAUUUCUUCAACAUUACUAUUAUGUUAAAUGUUAAAGCGAAAGUUUUUCCAUAUCUUCGUGAAAAUAUUGCCAAGUACGAUUAAAUUCACGCUCUCUUAGUUUCUAUAUUUACGAAAAGAAUAUAUUUCACUGCGUAAUUUAGAAUGUCGAUUAGUUGCAUACUUAUGCUUCAAUUUAAAUACCAUAGAAUCAACCCCUUUUUAGCUUGCUCACAAAGUAAGCACAAAUCGGCCAGACGCCGACACAGGACAGGGCAAAGAAAUCCUGUUACACGUAAAAUAGGUUUUUGUUCGAUACUUGUAAGAUGUCAGAGGUUGUGUCAUUUAAAGCGCAACUGCAACAGCUUCUACAGAAUCUUUAAAUAUUUUUCGAUCGAUCUGGUUACAGCGUUCUCGUUCGGCGAUAUUACUGGUGAUUAAUCGACACAAAAUUGUUUCCCGGCACGUUUCAUCACAGCCUUUCGAGAUAAUUUUAUCAGCUGCCUUAUGGUAAUUCCUGAAUUGAAUUUAAAUAGUAGAGAUUUGUAGGAGAUAAACCAAUUGGAUAUUAAAAGUUCUAUGAUUGGUUCUGAUUCCCUUACUUGAAGUAUAACUGGAAAAGUGCGUCAUUAUCCAGCAUUCGUGAGAAAAAGCUAUCCACUGUAUUGGGAUUUAAAUCUGUCAGGGCAUAUUCUUUUUUCGCUUGAUAUAAUUCAAACCAUUCUGGUAAAUGCGUAGGGCCCCUUAGAUUGGCUAACGUCAAAUUCAUCAUCCACGUACUGUAAUCCAACACCCUCUGAUAUUCAAAUUGUAAGCAUUAUAUAAACGUUUGAUUAUUUUUAAUCUGCCAAUAAUGUUUCACUACCCAACUGGAAUCAGGGCGUUCGCCAUCGAUCGUAUAGACUCUGUAACUCGGGCUUAGGUCUGUGAAACUCGUCAUACUUCCGGCAAUGAAGGCUACAUUAAUAGGUCGUGUAGCGUUUCCUUUAUCGUAGAAUAAUUUGAAUUCUUCAUUAUGAGUGUGUCCGUAAAAUUGAGCAACCACGGUCGAUUCGAAUCGAUUUAUUAUUCUCUCGAAUUCUCUGCUGUAGAUGGCCCAGCAAUCUUCAUUACCAGGAGGAAUGUGGGCUAUGAUGUGAACCUGUUUAAUUAGUAUUAUUUGUUUUUACUAUUUGGUUUGUAUUUGAAUUUUUCCGUCGAUUUUUUACCUUUUCAAGCGCUGCUUCUGCAUCUUCGAGGAUCUUUGUAAGCCAACUUAGAAUAGACGCGGGAUCUUUUGUGGAAGUAAGCGUCCACCAGUUAAACGUAUAGCAAUAGUUGGUGUUCAGAGAAACCAUGCGAAGUCCCGGUCGAACUAAAGUCGUGUAAUAGCCCCCAUGACGAACGGUAUUGGAAACUUCGUCUGGUAGCCCAAAUUUAGUCCACAAACGAGCAGCAUCUUGGUACAGCCAUUCGGCACCCAAAUCUUGAUCGGUUAUCUCUGGUGUUGCGAAACUUUAAUUUAUGUAAUUUUUAGCGUCAAGUUAUCGA